AUAAAAUGCCUACGUUUGCAAAAUAUAAGUGAGAAGGAAAGGGGGGCGACAGGGAAGAGAGAGGGAUGGAAAGUACAUUUUAAUAAAAAGGGGAAGGAGAUAUGUUGAGUUAGUUUAUUUGUGAAGAGAUUUGAUCGGAUCAUGAUGUUACGAUUAAGUCUCCCGCUUCUCCUGCUCUCACACUCGGCCUACUCGAUGCUGCUGGGAUGGGUGGAGUCUCCAGGGUAUCCCACUGGAUACUUGCCCUAUUCCAGUCUAAACUGGAGCAGGUGUGCCCCCAAAGGACACACCCUCUCCAUCAGGCUCAUCCACCUGGACCUCGAGGACAGCCAAGACUGUGAAAACGAUGCCGUGAAGGUCUAUUCAGAUGGAAACUUAAUUUCCGUUCUGUGUGGCAAAAGGGAAUUUGAGGAGCUUCAGUCCGCUGUAAAUCCCUCUCUCGUCUCCUCCCCGGGUGGCUGUCUCUCUCUUUCGUUCUACUCUGACUACUCAAACACAAGGAGGCACACCGGCUUCAGAGGCUUUUACAGCAGUCAAGACUAUGACGAAUGCGAGAGCGACCCCGACAACAGAUGCACACAGUUCUGCCACAACUUCAUUGGAGGGUACUACUGCUCCUGCCGCCAUGGUUACCACUUGGACAAGGACAAACACACUUGCACUGUGGGGUGUACUGAGGAUCUGUCAGGGCUGAAAAAGGGUGACAUAUCCAGUCCAUCCUGGCCUGCUUCAUACGCAGAGAACGCCAAAUGCCAGCACACCCUAUCUGUGGAGCCCCACCUGCAGCUGGAGCUGCACUUCUCUGAUGUUUUUGAUGUGGAGCAAAGCCCCGAUGGUCAAUGCAUAGACGCACUGAGGAUUGUAACUCACACUGGGACUCUGGGGCCUUUCUGCGGCAACACACCUCCCCCAUCUCCCUUCCUCACUCACUCACAUCAUGUCCAAAUCCGCUUCACCUCUGAUGGCUUUGGCACAAACAAAGGCUUCAGUCUCCACUUUGUGACCAGAGACAAAGUGUGUCUAGCAGAGGUAACGCCACACUCCACUGCAGCUCCCCGUAAGUCAGAAUACCAUCAGGGUCAAACAGUGACAGUCACCUGUGACGUUGGCUAUGCUGUGAAUACUCAAGGCACCUUGGCCCUGUCAUCAGAGUAUGAGACCACAUGCCUGAAUACAGGCGUAUGGAGUCCUAGUUACAGCUGUGAACCGGUGAAUUGCGGUUUUCCAGAUAUCCCAGUGGAUAGCAUCCUUCAGUUGGUGGACUCAGAUAACCCUCAAACUCUGUAUGAAGACCAGAUCGAGUUUCAAUGCACUUCAGAGUACUACAUACUGGAAGGAGAUGACACAUACACUUGCAAUGCCAAAGGUGAAUGGGAAUCAGGAGACGGCGAGACAAAGAUGCCCAAAUGCAUUGAAGUGUGUGGGAGGCCUAAAACACACCCUGCGAAUACAGGCAGAAUUCUGGGAGGUAAAGAUGCAAAGCUGGGAGAGAUCCCUUGGCAUCUUUUGAUAAAAGAGCCGAGGAGAGGAGGAGCAUCACUGAUCAAUGACCGAUGGGCUGUCACGGCAGCUCAUGUUGUGGAAAAUGUAGAGGAAACCUCUUUGGUCCUGUAUGGUGGAAUGGUAGAUGCAAAACAAACAAGACCAGCAUUCAUCAAGUCCUCUGAUGUAGUUGUCAUGAACAGUGAGAAGAUCAUAAUUCACCCUCUCUACACCAGUGGCAUUAAAGAUCGCACAAAUUUUGACAAUGAUAUUGCUCUUAUCAAAUUAGCCUCCAGGGUGUCUUUAGGCCCAAACCUUCUUCCGAUUUGCCUGCCAGAGGCAAACAGCGGCUUGGUGGAAAACGAGCAAGGCACAAUUUCAGGCUUCGGGAUGACAGAAAAAUUUGAUAAAAUGGUUACAUCGGUCAUGUUAAAAUACGCUCAUAUUGGGGUCUACCCCGUUUCACGUUGUCGGGAUACACCUCGCACAAAAAAUAACAGACACAUGGUCUACACUGAUAACAUGUUUUGUGCUGGAGCGGCAGGGAAGGACAGCUGCCAUAAAGACAGUGGAGGUUCGUUUGUUUUGCCAAUGUUGGCUGAAGGCAGAGAGCCUUACUAUCUGAAAGGCAUUGUGUCCUGGGGACCGCCCUGUGAAGACAGGCAGUUCAAGGGUUAUUAUACCAAGGUGGAAAAUUACUUAGACUGGAUUAAGGCGGAAAUAGCUCAAAAUUAAUAGACAAGUGAAGAUGGGGGAGAGAAUACUUUGCUACUAAACAUAAAAGCAUUUCGGGACUGAUUCACAUUUCUAAGAUGUAAAUGAAAAUAAAUACAAUAAUCUUGAAAUUAAAUGCACCAGAAUUAAUAACAUUAAACUCUUAUCAGGUUAUGGCUUCAUACUUAACUUUUGUUAAUAAGUUUUAACCAACUGAAUAAUAUACUCUAUUUUUGAUUUUAAUCAUUAACAGCUUACAUACACACAAAAACAAGUUUUCCUCUAUAUGCUGGAAUACAAAAUUCUUUAGUCAUUUUCACAUAUGGAAACAUAACGUUUGGAAUUAAUAUCACAGUAUUCAUAUGACAAUUUCUUCAUACUGUGUAUCAUUAUAUAACAAAUGUAUGAAAAAAACACAAAUAAAAUGCUUUUCAGCACA